UCAAGAAACGUCGAUAGUACGACUGCCAGCGGACGACGAUGCCAACUAUGGCUAUUCCUACCCGAUAUGGAGAUUACUCCGUUAUAAGCAAAGAACUCAUGAAGUAUUUUCCCAAGGGCAACUUCAAAAUUCGUGUCAGCGGCAAUCACUUCAUCUGCAAGGUGCCUACCGCCUUAACAAAUAACCAAAUUCGUGCUGUGGAGGAUGCCGUCAAAGAACAGUCACACUACAGGGACACCAAUAUUGAAUAACUACCAGCGUUUAAGGGCGAAUACAGAAGCGAUUUUGGCAUCAUCCCGUCAUGAUUUCUAGCAGAAAUAGGAGGAUGAACUGUGGGGUCGAAAAUGUGGUAGAAGAUAUGUUACUGAAGAUGAUUUCCCAAAGGCUGCA